UGAGUCUCGCUCUGACGCCCAGGCUGGGGUGUGGUGGCGCAAUCUCGGCUCGCUGGAACCUCCGCCUCUCGGGUUCAAGCGAUUGUCCUGUCUCAGCCUCCUGAGUAGGUGGGAUUACAGUUGUGCACCACCGCACACAGCUAGUUUUUCUGUUUUUUUAGUAGACACGGGGUUUCAUGUUGGCCAGGCUGGUCUUGAACUCCUCAGGUGAUCCACCCGCCUUGGCCUCCCAAAGUGCUGGGAUUACAGGCGUGAGCCACCACGCCUAGCCGAGGAUUCACUUUCUUAAUACCUGUAUUUUUUCUCUGCCCUCUAUCAGGAAAUCCCAUGUUCUGAGGGUUCAACUCCUUAAUACCUAUUAAUGUAUUAUAAAACAGUUACUGCAAAUGUCCUCGGCUGUUGAGAUUCCCAUCUCUGUAAUAGCAGCAACCAUACUGUAUUGAGAACGUAAUACUGAUAACACUUUACUGGCAGUAACAUGUGCAUGAAUAAUUGUCUUCCUCCUUACCAAGAAUGUAGCAGUGCAGAAUUUAGGGAUUCUUACCAGUGUUAAAUAUUCUGAAUUUUCACCCCAGAAAACUUUGGAUUAAUAUGAUAGGGAAAGUUCUAAUGUAAAAUCACCUGGAGGCGGGAAGAUCUCUUGAGCCCAGAAGUUUGAAGCUGCAGCGAGCUAUCUACGAUCAUACCUGUGAAAAGCCAGUGUGCUCCAGCCUUGGUGACAGAACAACACCUGGUCUCUAAAAAAUAGUCACCUGAACUUCAUUCAGUGCUGCAAGACUGGCUCUCUUUCUUUUCUCUAGUUUAUGGAUUCUUAGAUUAUCAGAACUAUUUUGGAGUUAGGAAAUUUUUAUUUAUUUAUUUAUUUUUUUGAGAUGUAGUGCCAACUCUUGUCACCCAGUCUGGAGUGCAGUGGUGCAAUCUCGGGUCACUGCAACCUCUGCCUACCAGGUGAUUCUGCCCGCCUCAGCCUCCCAAGUAGCUGGGACCACCAUGCCUGGCUAAUUUUUUUUAUUUUUUGUAGAGACGGGGGGUUUCACUAUGUUGCCCAAUCUGGUCUUGAAUUCCUGAGCUCAAGAGGUCCACCCUCCUCUCAGAAGUGUUAGGAUUACAGGUGUGAGCCACCAUGCCCGGCUGAGUCAGGAAAUUUUUGAGUUGAGCUGCACCUACAUCUGUGGAGACUAACUUUAUUUCUCACGGAAGGGAGGUAUAGGAUUUAUAAAAUGGAGUGAAAGUUAAAAUACUGUUUAGCACAAAUGAAGAUCAAUAAUGUUGGAGGUUUUUGUGGUGUGGUCGUUUAAAGUUGCAUGUAGAUUCAAAUACUAAUAUGACCUGUGCAUGUAGAAACUUGUUUGAUUCAGCAGUUCUUUUGUAUUAUUAUCUCUGAUCCCAAAGACAGUUACAUAGUUGUAACUAAUAUAACUCCCCAGAUUAGUAGGCCAAAAGGAAAAUUGGCAAUAUAUCUUCCAAAAUGCCCUGAAAGGUCAAGAAAUUUAUAAGUUCUGUACAUAUGCUGUAUGAAAUAUAGUUGGUAGUCCUGAAUAGUUAUUCAUGCCCAUAUAUGGAUCUGAUUAUCACAUAAAACUUGUAGAAUCCCUGUGUAAAAUUUUCAACAUUGAAAAUAUAGAAACCACUUGAGCAAGUGAUGGGAAAAAAGUUUUCACAAAACACAACCAGUUAAUCAGGAAAAGUAGGCAAGGAAGUAGAGGAAUGAACUAUUAAUAGCUUCCUGCUAUUGAAGUAGUUUGCUUACAUAAUCAUAUAACAGGGAGAGUUGGAGCAUUUAGAAGCAUAAUUCUAGGUAGUUCUUGUAAAACAUUGUGUAAUUCAGAUUUUUGAGCUUGAGCAUGUGGGAGCCUGCCAGUUCAGGUACAGACGUUCAACUGUGUCUCGGCAUAACCUGUGACAUUAAGUGCAUUUGAUUUUUCUUUCUCAGGUAAGCCAAAGCUUAAAUGUCUUUGUUUAAAAAAAUUUGGCUAAUAAUAUAAAUCUUAGAUGAGUAGAUGAGGAAGGGUAACCUGAGAAUCUAGUUUAUUGUCUAGAGUAAGUCAUCUACUUUUUAGCCAACUUUUCAUUACCCUGUUUUGGAAUAAUACUUCAAGUUUAAUCCAUUGAUUAUAGGCUGAAUUUCUUAUAUAUAUGGAUUUGGGUCUGCUAAAAUUUUUAACCUUACCUUCGUGAGAAAUUUUAAAUGUGAAAAGGGUAUGUGUGAAACGACUUCACUUUUGUUUUUACGUAUGUAUGUAUGUAUUUAUUUUUGAGACAGUCUCAGUCGCCCAGGCUGGAGUGCAGUGGUGCGAUCUCGGCCCACUGCAACCUUCAUCUCCCGGGUUCACACCAUUCUCCUGCCUCAGCCUUCCGAGUAGCUGGGACUACAGGCACCUGCCACCACACCUGGCUAAUUUUUUGUAUUUUUACUAGAGACGGGGUUUUAACUGUGUUAGCCAGGAUGGUCUCGAUCUCCUGACCUCGUGAUCUGCCCGCCUCGGCCUUCCAAAGUGUUGGGAUUACAGGCGUGAGCCACCGCACCCAGAAUAAUGCAUAUACUGCCAUGUCAGAUUCCUACUUACCCAGUUACUACAGUCCCUCCAUUGGCUUCUCCUAUUCUUUGGGUGAAGCUGCUUGGUCUACCGGGGGUGACACAGCCAUGCCCUACUUAACUUCUUAUGGACAGCUGAGCAACGGAGAGCCCCACUUCCUACCAGAUGCAAUGUUUGGGCAACCAGGAGCCCUAGGUAGCACUCCAUUUCUUGGUCAGCAUGGUUUUAAUUUCUUUCCCAGUGGGAUUGACUUCUCAGCAUGGGGAAAUAACAGUUCUCAGGGACAGUCUACUCAGAGCUCUGGAUAUAGUAGCAAUUAUGCUUAUGCACCUAGCUCCUUAGGUGGAGCCAUGAUUGACGGACAGUCAGCUUUUGCCAAUGAGACCCUCAAUAAGGCUCCUGGCAUGAAUACUAUAGACCAAGGGAUGGCAGCACUGAAGUUGGGUAGCACAGAAGUUGCAAGCAAUGUUCCAAAAGUUGUAGGUUCUGCUGUUGGUAGCGGGUCCAUUACUAGUAACAUCGUGGCUUCCAGUAGUUUGCCUCCAGCCACCAUUGCUCCUCCAAAACCAGCAUCUUGGGCUGAUAUUGCUAGCAAGCCUGCAAAACAGCAACCUAAACUGAAGACCAAGAAUGGCAUUGCAGGGUCAAGUCUUCCGCCACCCCCGAUAAAGCAUAACAUGGAUAUUGGAACUUGGGAUAACAAGGGUCCCGUUGCAAAAGCCCCCUCACAGGCUUUGGUUCAGAAUAUAGGUCAGCCAACCCAGGGGUCUCCUCAGCCUGUAGGUCAGCAGGCUAACAAUAGCCCACCAGUGGCUCAGGCAUCAGUAGGGCAACAGACACAGCCAUUGCCUCCACCUCCACCACAGCCUGCCCAGCUUUCAGUCCAACAACAGGCAGCUCAGCCAACCCGCUGGGUAGCACCUCGGAACCGUGGCAGUGGGUUUGGUCAUAAUGGGGUGGAUGGUAAUGGAGUAGGACAGUCUCAGGCUGGUUCUGGAUCUACUCCUUCAGAACCCCACCCAGUGUUGGAGAAGCUUCGGUCCAUUAAUAACUAUAACCCCAAAGAUUUUGACUGGAAUCUGAAACAUGGCCGGGUUUUCAUCAUUAAGAGCUACUCUGAGGACGAUAUUCACCGUUCCAUUAAGUAUAAUAUUUGGUGCAGCACAGAGCAUGGUAACAAGAGACUGGAUGCUGCUUAUCGUUCCAUGAACGGGAAAGGCCCCGUUUACUUACUUUUCAGUGUCAACGGCAGUGGACACUUCUGUGGCGUUGCAGAAAUGAAAUCUGCUGUGGACUACAACACAUGUGCAGGUGUGUGGUCCCAGGACAAAUGGAAGGGUCGUUUUGAUGUCAGGUGGAUUUUUGUGAAGGACGUUCCCAAUAGCCAACUGCGACACAUUCGCCUAGAGAACAACGAGAAUAAACCAGUGACCAACUCUAGGGACACUCAGGAAGUGCCUCUGGAAAAGGCUAAGCAGGUGUUGAAAAUUAUAGCCAGCUACAAGCACACCACUUCCAUUUUUGAUGACUUCUCACACUAUGAGAAACGCCAAGAGGAAGAAGAAAGUGUUAAAAAGGAACGUCAAGGUCGUGGGAAAUAAAAGGCAGUUCUACACAGACUGCAGCAACGGUUGCAUCUGCAUAUCCUAAGAGGAAAAAAAUGACCUUCAAGAGAAUUAGGACUUUUUUCUUAAUUUCACUGACUUCAGAGACGAUUGCAGACUUGCAGUUUAAGUAUUGGAAUUUCACAAAAGACAUAGGACUUAACUGGAAAAUGAAAAAAAAAAGAAAAAGAAAAAACUAAACAAAAAAUCCCUCUAGGUAGUUUAGGUGAAAAAUGUCCCUUUUAUUUUGGCUUUGGUUGUGAUUUCAGAGCAUAAUGCUUUGUUUUUUUGUCUUUUUACUAUGUUUUUCGGAUUUUUAAGUCCGUAAGUGCAUACAGUUUUCUCUAAUUUUUAAACCCUUUCCUCCUCCCAUUUUGACAUUUGCACUUGGAGAACACUUGAGUUGUGAAGGUUUUGGGCAUCCACCCCAGAAAGUGGGAAUUUGAUUUUAUCCUUCCGAACUGGAAGAACAUUUUUAUGAAGAAUUUUUGUCUAGGAGAAUAUAACAGUGUUACCCAAGGUUGUGUCUUUAAGGGUGGUUCAUUUUCUCUGACCUUUUGUUACUCAAAGUAAAGUACUAGGAGUCCUAAGAAAUGUUCUGUUCUUGUACAUUAUGCUGAUUAAGUCAGGAUUAAUUUGAUUUCAAAGCUAAGAACAGUGGUAAAAACUCGUUUACAGAAAUGCAUUUUGGAAGAGAAAAAUAUUGUAAAACGUGUAGUGAAUGUUUCUUCAGUUUCUUGUUCAGCCAAUGAGGAAAGGGCAUUGCCUUUCUUUUUACCAUUAAUCACUUCUCAAUAAACGUGAGAUCCUGUUGAGCAUCA